GCCAUCUGUUUUCAAAUUUCAUUCCUCCAUGAACUUUAUUUUCCUUCGACUUUGGACAAAAUUAUAACCCGAUCGAUCCGCUUUCUGGCCACCACCCGUCUACAUAUAUUUUCUUUGUGUGGUCUCUUCACCGUGCAGGUCAAUUUUCUGUCUCACGUCCACACGAACACGUGCAGAACACAGUCUGCAGCUGAUAGAAACUUGAAUGCAGUCGGGCUGAUGUGAGGUGGAGGUUCAGGCUCAGCUUCUCUUUUACCUCCCCCCUCUCACUGCGCUCUCGUCCUCUCCUCUCGCCUUGCGCCCGGAUCUCUCCCGUUUUUUGUUUUCCUUCUUACUUUCCUUUUUUAUGCCUAGGUUACAUUGCUCGUAUAAAUUAUAUCUUACCCGUUUCGGACAGUAGAAGGUUGCAGAGGAGCCCCCUUUUCUUGUUAAGUUUUUUGUUGCUCCGAGGAUAACUUUUUUUCUCCCGCUACAUUCGUGCGCGCUGCUUCCUCAUCUUUUUUUUUUUGUUUUGUUUUUUUUGUCUGUCGCUCUACGGGCAGUCUUCAUCCACAUUGGCACUCAUAGAUCAUGUCAGUGUAACUCUUUACCAAUAUAGUUUAAUGCAGGAGGAAGGAUGCGCUGUCCAAUCUGUUAAAUUGCCCGAUUAGCAUCAGUCCUCUGCCCACGUCGACAGGAUUCCCAUCAACCUAAGUGCGAGCUGCUGGACAAGUCAAUGAAGGCGCAUCGGUGAAGUGACGCCUUGUGCAGUGCGACAGCGGCACUUUCUCCAUCGCCUCCUUCCGCCCGGGUCACAAACCAGCGCAGCGGCGAACAAACUCCAACUCCACUCCGAGAGACGGACGUCGGGCUUCGGCCUCAGGUGCAUCUCUGAGGCGGAGCGACGCGAAGGGCCAGGUGUUGUGGAGGCAUGGACUGUAACUGCGUCAGUGACCUGCUGCUCCCGCCGGUGCCCGCCCUCUGGACGCCAGGGUUCGCCUUCCCAGACUGGGCCUACAAGCCCGAGUCGAGCCCCGGCUCUAGACAGAUCCAGCUGUGGCACUUCAUCCUGGAGCUGCUGCAGAAGGAGGAGUAUCAGGGGGUGAUCGCGUGGCAAGGAGAUUACGGGGAAUUUGUUAUCAAGGACCCCGAUGAGGUGGCCCGGCUGUGGGGGAUACGGAAAUGCAAACCUCACAUGAACUACGACAAGCUGAGCAGAGCACUGAGGUAUUACUACAACAAGCGUAUUUUGCACAAAACCAAAGGGAAACGUUUCACCUACAAGUUUAACUUCAGUAAGGUGGUUUUGGUGAACUACCCCAUCCUGGACAUGGCCAACUCUCCCUUUUUUCUGGCCCAGAACCACUUCAAUGGGAGCACCGCCACACCAGACUGCAGCCCAGAGGCCAUACAGUCCCUGUUUCCUCGUUUGCCAGACACUGGUAGAGGAACAUCGCUGUUUGAUCGAGGGACCACAGCACCGGGACCUGAAGGAGACAAACUGAGACUGGAUGCAUUCCCUUUUCUCAGUUCAGGUGCCCCAUGCUACUCCAAACCUCCGUCCCUGCUGGGCCCGUACCCUCGCAACCCACCCUUUGACUACCCCUGGGGCUUCAACCCCUACCUCCCAGGGGCCUUCUCUCUCAAUAACUGCCCCAAACUACCCCCUGGCUCUCUUUACCCCUCCCAGUUUUACCCCAACCCUCUGCAGAGCAGCCUUUCCCAGCUGCCUCACCCAUUCUCCUCCCUACUCCCCCCAGGGGAGGCAGGUGGGGGCGAGAGGGGAGCAGCGGGGCAAACUGGUGGGACAAACGGCACGGCAGGCGGUCAGCCAGCCAGGAUCUGCCUGCCACCCUACCCAGGCAGCCUGUCACUGGGUCGGACAGAGAUCGGCAACGGGGCGGCGUUGGGGGAAAGGGAGAGGGUGGAGGCCAAUCCUCCGGGCACGGGGCUGAGUCUGGGGCUGGGAGCGGUCAGCCUCGGGGCCGGGACCGGGACAGGCCAGCAGAGUCCCACAGAGAGGAGAGGAGGGGUGAAGCAGGACCCAGAGUCAGACUCAGACCUGGAGAUAACAGAUCUGAGCGACUGCAGCUCAGACAACGAAAACGAGCACGAAUUUGGCAUCGGGAAGGAAUCCAGCCUGGCGAACCGACCACAGCUUGUGUUGGAUGGAAAGAAAGGGAGCGUGCUGCCACCCAUCUCCUCUCUUCCCCCACCAGUGUCCCCGCAUCCUCUGAAGAGCCUGAUGCCCAUCACUCCUCCUCCCCCAUCCCUGCCUCCGUCGCUUUCCCCUUCCAUGGCUCUGCAUGAAAGACACAGGGAGACAGAGACCCUUAAAAUGAUACACAGUUAAGACAUUUUCUGAUGCACCCACCAUCUUGCCAGUCUACGCUCUGAUAACUCUCUUCUUCUCUCCUUUCAUUUUGCCAAGACAGUUUUUCUGCUUUAAAUGAUCAGAUAUUCUAUCACUCUUGAUAAAUACUCUUUUCCAGAAAAGGCAUUUAAGUUCUUUACUUCUGGAACUAGUGUUUCCCUCUCUGCUGUGUAAGUUUUUAACUUGCCUGCAGUCCAUUACACGACUGACUUGUCCAUCUCUGAAUACGUGGGGCGUACAGUUUUUAGGGUGUCGGCUGUCUGUAUCACCAUCUUGUCCUUUCUGUUUUGAUCUCUCACACCAAAUGUUCCCUCCAUGCUUUGUAGACUUGUUUUACACGUUGCCAGCAAUACUCUACAAUUUGCUGUCUGCAGCUGAGCUAUGAAAGAAGGCAGCGAGGUGGUAAAUUACAACACAGCAAUCCCUGCCCUGACCAACAUUAACAAACAACAUCCCUAUACUAACACAACAGAACAACAAAUAAUGCUGAGAUCGAUCCAAUUUUACAGAUUCGUCCUGUAAUUCUUGAGAUUUAAACUAUAUAAUGUAAUCACCAUGACUUUUGAAACCUAGUCAAAUACUGCCACCUUGUGGUCAUUUCUAUCAACGUCUCCUUCAAAGAAAGCCUCUCAUCUCUGCAGUCCUGGGAGUGAAAUCGUUGCCCCUAAGUUCAAUUUGCGCUUUAAAAGAAAAUCUCUAUAUUGUUUCUUGUGGGUUAAUUUAAAUGCUAACAAUCCACAUUUUUAACAGUGUUAACUGUGACAGUCUGUGAGUAUUUCCUUUGUCCAGAGAUUUCCUGCACAUUUUCUGUUAGGAAAGAAAAAGAGAGCAGAGGGAGCUGGACCAAUCUAGAAUUUGUAUGAAUAUUUCUCUGUAUAUAUUUUAAUAUGGUGUACAUGAUAUUUAAUUAUUAUUCACUAUGAUAAGAUUUAGCUGUAUUGUUGUGAUUUAAUUCAAUAUUUAAACAUGUUGGAAAAAAUAUAAGCGUAGGUGUAUCAAAGUUUAAAUUAUUAAUGGCAGAAGAUCUGCACUCUGAAGAUGUUUUCUAUGAUGAGGACAGAGUUCAUACUGGGAGUUGUCUCUGAUUUCCUGAACCCCGGUUAAUUGUGCCCUUUGGUCAUUUUUGCCAGAUGCCCAGUGUACAAACCCUUUGGGUUCAAAAUCAUGCCGGUAGACUUAUUUUUCUAGUUAGCAUUCACCCAGUGUAACUGUACUGUAAUUAGUCAAAUGUGAAUAAUAUUGGUCUUUGCAUUUUCUUUUUUUAAAUCCUGCCCCCAAAAUCUGUUUUGAUUAUUUUUCAAUCAAUGCUUUUUGUCUAUGCCAGCAGCAGGGCAAUUUGGUUUGCUUGAGGACAUUAAUCAGUGGAAAAAAUAUUUACAAAAGCUGUUUGUCUUUGCUCUCCCCAAAUCUAAUGACCAACAUCCUUUCUACAGACCAGUUUUUGAGCACCAAGUGAACACGAAACCAUACUGUACAGUUUCAUAGCCUUUAUAGCCUAUGGUUUGUCAAACAGUGGCGGUAUAAAGAUUAGUUGUGAAAGCUCUAUUGUAAAGUUAAUGUAAAGCUCUAUGUUUGUUGAGUUGCUACAGGAAAGGCCUCCAGUCACAUCCACCUGGAGUAUAACAGCUGUAAAUACUGUUUCCUUUGUGUGUGUAUGUGUGUGUACACAUCCAAAAAUGACAAUGCAGUGGUUUUACCUGUCAUCUUUCUUUGUUUUACUGUAAAGAGGAAAAAUGGAAAGUGCAAAAAGAAGAAAAAGAUUAAUAUCUUCAAAAGCAAUAAAUAUUAUUCUGGAUAGUG